GCCGAGGCGGAGGAGGACGGCGGGUGGGCGCAGCGCAACGGCGCAAGUGGCGAGAAGGAAAACUCGUGCUUCCGCCGCGAUUUUCCCCCCACUUCCACCACUAGACUAUUUACGUCGCCCCGCCUCGGCCUCGGCCUCGUCCUCCGCCUCCUCUGCCUCGGCACGCGGAGAGGUGGAGAAGGCGAACGAGAGAGAGACACCGCCAGUAGCAGCAGCAGCAGACACUGCGCGAGAAAGCGAGCGCCAAAGCACAAUAAACUAGGGAACGCGCCGCCACGCCACGCCACGCCCACCACCCCGCGCCCGCGCCCGCCGAGACACCGCCGCGCCGCGCCGUGUGCCACGCCACGCCGCGCCGCGCUCAAUUCCCCACCGCCACCGCCACCGCCGCCGCCGCCCUCCCCCUCUUCUCCCUUCCGGGUUUUUGCCUUUUUACCGCCCCGCUCUGCCCCCCCCUUCCCCACGCCGCGCCGCCCUCCUCCUCCUCCGCCUCGAACCGGGGCCGCGGCACCCCGGCUGGAUCUGGGCCCGAACCCCCGAUGGCGUUCGGCGGACUCGCCCUCGCGCUCGCGCUCCUCGUCGUAUCAGUGAACUUGCUCCAGGUUGCGAGCUCCGAUGGCGACCACGCGCGCUGCGAGGGGGUCGUCAAGGGCUGGGCGGCCUCGGUUGCGGGGAGCGAGGGCAAGGAUGGGGACAAGCUGAGCCUCAGGGAUCUGCUCUUCUUCCUUCACAUUCCUAGAACCGGUGGCCGUACCUACUUCCACUGCUUCCUGAAAAAGCUGUAUACCAAUGCUGAGGAGUGUCCGCGAUCCUACGAUAAGCUGCGGUUCGACCCCAGCCAUCCUGAUUGUAAGCUGGUUGUUAGUCAUGAUGACUAUAGCUUCAUGUCCAAGCUGCCAAGUGAGAGGACUUCUGUUGUCACAAUACUAAGGAACCCAGUUGACCGAGUAUUCAGCACAUAUGAGUUCUCGGUCGAAGUUGCAGCCAGAUUUCUUGUGCAUCCAAACUUAACAUCUGCAAAGUUAAUGACUAGCCGUGUGUUAACAAAAUCUCGUGCUGUAAGUACAUUGGAUAUAUGGCCUUGGAAAUACUUGGUCCCGUGGAUGAGAGAAGAUCUGUUUGCCAGGAGAGAUGCUAGGGGGAUUGAUAAAGUGAGAAGUAGCCACAGGGUUAAUGCAUAUGAUGUGGAGGAUAUGGUUAUGCCACUACACCAGUACAUUAAUGAUCCUGUUGCGCAUGAAAUCAUUCAUAAUGGAGCUACCUUUCAGAUUACUGGGCUAACAAACAAUUCUUACCUCAGUGGAGCACAUGAGGUUCGGCACUGUGUCAGAAAGCACCCUGAUCUUGGUCAUUUUGUGCUUCAAGUUGCUAAGAGCAGGCUGGACCGUAUGCUAUAUGUAGGACUUACAGAAGAACAUGAAGAAUCUGCGAGGUUGUUUGCUCAUAUGGUAGGAGCACAGGUGCUUUCACAAUCUGGAGCACUGAACUUAGAUAUCAAGGACAAUCAGCCCACUGGAAAUGACUCUCACUCAUCCACGCUGGACCCAGAGGACGAAGAAACAAAUGAACAUCUGAAUAGCACACAUGGUUCGCAAAAUAACCGAGCUCUGAACGCUGCAGACACUGUCAAGGACGAUCAUGGAAAAGGAAAUUUGACUGUUGGUAAGUUGAUGGAAGCUUACGAGGGUUGCAUUUCAAAACUGCGAAAAUCUCAAUCUAAUCGUCGUAAAAUCUCUCUCAGAAAGGUGGAAGGAGCAAACUUUUCGAAGGAGGCACGAUGGCAGGUACCAGAGGCGGUUUUGGAGCAAAUCAUCUCACUAAACAGCCUUGACAUGGAACUAUAUGAGCAUGCUAAGAAGAUAUUUACACAAGAACAUCUUAUGCUAAAAAUUCAGCAGUCCACGGUCAUACAACACAAGCAAUUGACAGAUCAGAAGGGCUGGAUAGAAAUGGUCUGCAGUUCCUGGAGUUGCUCUCCUUGGAAGGUUGUACUAUUUGGUCUUGGGGUCACAAUAACCAUCGCACUUAUCAUACUUGCUUUAACAACGAGAAGAAGAACGUUUAAACUUAAGGUCUGAUACUCUGAUGAAGAUCAGGAAGUAGCCUCCCGAUUUUGAUGUACAGCUUGAUACUGCCCAGAGAUUAACCUUCGCUAUUCCCUCGGGCAAAGAUGUUAGCAUGCACAGAAUCAUCACAUAUACUCCCAACCAUGUUAAACCUGGCUCAUUGGUAGGGUGGUGGCUUUUACCCGAUGUGAUCAGUCAAUCGACAAAUUUUAGGCACUUGUCUAUUCGUAUGUACAUUUGCCUUCUUGACCUUAGGUUGAAUUCUCUCAAGGUGUUGGUAGUUGACAAAUUGCCUCAGAUGAGCAAUGAAACAAUUGACUGUUUUGCUAGAAAAAGAGAGAAAUACAAGAUGUCACUAUGUCAGUCUCAACUAACAGGCAUGCCCAGAUGAGGUGAGCACGACACAAAGAUGUCAGUCUUUAACUCUUAACAGGCAGUCUCAACUUAGAAACGCUGCAGGAGAUAACGGGAAUGUAUAAAUAUUUUCUCUAUACUGCUAUUUGCAUCGGAUGUACUGUAAGCCAAACAAGAUUUUCUACUUUACAGUGCCCCACCCUUAUACUC